AUGCAGCAUCCACUAAAGCGACGAUGGACCUAUUGGUUUUUAAAUGAUCAGCGAGACUGGAAUUGGGAAAGUCGGUUGAAAGCAGUUGCUACUUUCGGAACAGUAGAAGAAUUUUGGGGACUUUAUAUGAAUAUCAGACCACCAUCAUUGUUGAAUUCAUCUUGUGACUACAAUUUAUUUAAGGAGAAUAUACAGCCUAUGUGGGAAGUACCAGAAAACUCCGGAGGAGGGCGAUGGCUUAUAGCAAUAGAUAAAUCAAAGCCUAUUGAACUGCUGGAUACAAUAUGGUUGGAAGUGGUAUUAAUGAUUAUCGGCGAACAAUUUGGUGAAUAUAUGGAAGAUAUAUGUGGUGUCGUUUGUAAUAUAAGAAAUAAAGGAUCCAAGAUUAGUAUAUGGACAACCAAUGCAGAGAAUGAUGAAUCUGUGUUAAAAAUUGGAGAAAUCUUAAAACAAAAAUUAAAAAAUCCAGAAAUCGAAUCAAGAUCCCAACUUUUUGAGAUAAUCAGGUAUGAAGAACAUCAAGAGGUACAGUCGAAAAAUUCCAGCUCGGUUAAAGCUAAACAUAAAUCUGUGUUGAUAAUAUUAGAGGACACUAAAAUUUCGUUUCGAGGAUAG